AUGUUGUUGCCGACGCAGUCGUCACUGAUACCGCUCUUUGGGGGAGCUGCGGCUGCAGCAAACCUGUACGCGACACACUACUCAGGAACAAUCAACCACCUCGCUUUCGACAACAGCUCCUUGACCCUAGUGAGCUCAGUAAAGACCGGACAGACACUACCCAGUUGGAUCACCUACGACGCCUCCGAUAAAAAGCUAUACAUCCCAGACGAGAAUUUUAUCACUGAGGACUCCAAGGGGCUUCUGGUGUCAUACUCCGUGGGCGUUAAUGGCGCGCUGACCAAGGCUGAGAACACAACCACACUCCGAGGUGGAGUCGCAACAAUUCUAUACGGUGGAAAAGACGGCAAAAGCUUCAUCGCAAACGCACACUAUCACACCGCGCAGGUGUCGACCAACAAGCUACCUCUGAAGGAUGGCAAGCCACUCCAGACAUUAAACUACACAUUGGAUGGCCCUGGUGCAGAUCCAAAUCGUCAGGAGGCGCCACACCCGCAUCAAGUCCUGGUGGACCCAACAGGCAAAUAUCUGCUUGUGACUGAUCUUGGUUCUGACAAGAUCCAUAUCAAUAAAAUCAACCAGAGGUCUGGCCAGUUGACCAAGUGUCCCUCUGCAAGAACUCUCUAUGGCGCUGGCCCUCGCCACGCAGCUUUUUGGACCCCUGCACACUCUAAGCCAAGAGUGGCACACGGAAAGGGUACCAUGCUUUACGUUGCAAAUGAGCUUUCCAACACCGUGACUGGAUGGAGCGUCUCGUACCCCCGCCAAGGUUGCUUGACAUUGACGCCGAAGCAAAUCGUUACACCAUACAAGGGCAACAGCUCCGCGCCAGAUGGUGCCAGCCUGGGCGAGAUUCGAGUCCAAGGGAGUUUUCUGUACACAUCAAACAGAGGCGACCAAUCCUUCAAACCAUACGAUUCCCUUACUCAAUAUACCAUCGCGGCCAACGGCUCGAUCGCGUGGACAGAGAUGACUUCCUCCCAUGGCCUUCUCCCGCGUAGUUUCGAGAUCAACAAGGCUGGGGAUUAUCUCGCCAUCGGUGAUCAAAAUUCUGAUAAUGUGGCUAUCGUGAAACGCGACACAAUCACUGGAAAGCUGGGUGGUCUUGUAGCAAACUUGACAGUCACUGGACCAUCAGACCCUAACUCUGGGAAUCCAACUGGUCUGAACACCGUAAUUUGGGCAGAAUAA